AUGGCCGCGUCGUCGACGACGGUGGAUUUCACGGCGCGCAGGCGCCACCCGGAGCUCGUCGCGCCGGCCGGGCCGACGCCGCGCGGGCUCAGGCGGCUCUCCGACAUCGACGACCAGGACAGCUUCCGGUUCUACCGCUCCGUCAUCUACUUCUACCGGUCCGGCGGCGGCGGCGGCGGCGUUGACCCGGCCAGGGUUAUCCGCGACGCGCUGGCAGCGGCGCUCGUGCACUACUACCCGAUCGCCGGGAGGAUCCGGGAGCUGCCCGGGAGGAAACUCGUGGUGGACUGCACCGGCGAGGGGGUCUCGUUCGUCGAGGCCGACGCCGACGUCGCGCUGGAGGAGUUCGGUGACGUGCUGUGCCCGCCGAUCCCUUGCGCCGGCGAGCUCCUCUCCCUGCCGGAGAGCAACUCCGCCGUCGUCACCAACCGACCACUUCUCUACGUGCAGGUGACGAGACUGAAGUGUGGCGGAUUCGUGUUCGGCACCCAGAUCUGCCACAACCUCGUCGACGCAGCGGGGAUCACGCAGUUCUUGCAAGCCGUCGGCGAGCUCGCGAAAGGCAUGGCGGUGCCCAGCGUCCGACCGGUGUGGGCGCGGGAGCUGUUCGACGCGCGCGACCCGCCUCGUCCGGCGUUCGACCACCCCGAGUACGAGCCGGCGUCCGACGUGGGCAACGACAGGCUCCGGCCAGGCGACGAGCUCGUGCACCGCAGGUUCCUCUUCGGCCCCGGGGACAUCGCCGCGCUACGGCACCAGCUCUCGCCGCCGGCGCGCCUGAGGACCCCGUGCUCGCGGUUCCUCCUGCUCUCCGCGUUCACGUGGCGCUGCCGCACCGCCGCGCUAGGGUACGCGCCCGGCGACGAGGUGCGGUUCAUGUUCGUCGUGAACGUCCGCGGCCGUCGUACCCCGCCGCUCCCCGAGGGGUUCUACGGGAACGCGCUCACGUUCGGCGUGGCGCGGACGACGGCCGGCGAGCUCUGCUCGGGCACGCUGUCCCGUGCCGUGGAGCUGGUCGCGGCGGCGAGGGCGCGGGCUAUGGACGACGGGUACGCGCAGUCGGUGGCCGACACGCUGGUGCUCCGGGGCCGGCCGCGGUUCACCACGGCGCGGACGUACCUGGUGACCGACCUGACGAAGUCACGGCUGCACGAGGUGGACCUAGGGUGGGGCAAGCCGUUGUUCGGCGGGCCGGCCACGACGACGCUGGCCACGUUCCACAUGCCGGCCGGCGGCGGCGCGAUCGCCGUGCCGAUGUGCCUGCCGCCACGCGCCAUGGAGAGGUUCGCGGCCGCCGUGCGGGCGGGGCUCGCGGCGGAGACGGUCGUGCUGUCGAAGAUGUAGCGUUGAUUCGCAAGGCUAUGAUUGGGUGGAGAUUUGUAUAGCAAUGGCAGGAUAGCACAGUGAAACAUAGAGAGAAAUCAGUAACACACUGUAGCAGAUGCACGUAUGGUACGGUAGAUAAAAGAAUAAUAAAUUUAUUGUCCUGUACCGUAGUGGUGCAUUGUAGUAGAUUAAUUCAUAGCCAUAGAUGUCAAAACGAAUGGAUAAAAUUAUUUCAAUGUCACCAUA